UGCGUGAACCUUAAUAUGUUGCUUAUGCCUAUUGUGUAGUGUUUUUGUUUUUCUUGCCACAUUAUAGCUUUAAUAUAUUGUUCAGAUAAUUGCUAUAAAAUAUAAAGGAAGGGGUGCAGUCUGAGUUAACCUUGCUGUUUUGGGUUUUCUUGCUUAAUUUUUCUGUAACAGUGAUACAGGUUAUUUCCAUUUUAUAAUGGUGAAAAGAAAAGACAGACUGUAACUAGUUGGUGUGUUGUUGCUGUCCUUAUCUCUGGAAAUACAUGUUCAGUUUAAUAAACCUGUCCCUCCUUGUGCUCUCAUUUUCCAAACAAUAUGUAAGGGUUAACUGUCACAUGUGCCUCUUGCGGAUAGUAGGAAUGAACUGCAGUGUUUAGUGUACUGUGCAGUUAAUCCUGCAGUUUGAUGAAUGGACCUUGAAUAGACAAGGAGCGUUUGUAGUCCUGACAUGUUAACACAGAGUUAACUGUUCUCAUUGCUUCUAUGACUUACUGAAAUAAAUCACUGUAUUAAUACAGUGAGUUAUUGAGACAGAGCGAGAUUUAGCACUCUGGAAACCUGAGCUGACUGUGGAUUGUAGCACUUAGCCUGCAUGGCAUCUCUGCUGGCUGGGACUUUGAACAUGGGGUCCUUCUUCAGCAUUGUGAGGCGUCGCUAUAAAAGAAGGCGUAAGAAACGUUCUGAGAGGAAAGAUAGAAGCCAUCUACGCCAGUCAAGAAACCAGCAAAAGUAUUUCACAAUGGAUAUAGAUGAUGAAGAAAAUAUGAGUUCAAGCAGCACUGAUGUUAAAGAAAACCGCAACAUGGACAACGUUCCACCUAAGGAUGGCAGUGUGCAAAAUACCGGGGAGGGGUCUCAACUCUCCAAUGGUGGUGGUAGCAGCAGCAGAAAACGCCCAUUGGAGGAGGGCGGCAAUGGACACUCCAAGUUCCGCCCUAAGAAGAGGAAGAAAACACCAGGGCCUGUUUUGCCAAAGAAUGCUCUGAUGCAACUGAAUGAAAUUAAGCCUGGUUUACAGUACAAGCUUCUAUCCCAAACAGGACCAGUUCAUGCCCCUAUUUUUGUGAUGGCAGUUGAAGUUAAUGGACAGGUUUUCGAGGGAUCUGGCCCUACAAAAAAGAAGGCAAAGCUUCAUGCUGCUGAAAAGGCUUUGAGAUCUUUUGUUCAGUUUCCAAAUGCAUCUGAAGCACAUCUAGCAAUGGGGAGAACACUGUCUGUAAACACAGACUUUACAUCUGACCAAGCAGACUUUCCAGACACACUUUUCAAUGGAUUUGAAACACCAGUUCAGACUGACAGUUCCUUUUAUUUGGGGUCCAAUGGAGAUGGAUCCUAUAGCUCCAGUAUGGAUUACAGUCUGUCCUCAUCCACUGUUGCUGGUAGUCUUAUCCAGUCCCCUCUUCCCACGCCAUCACCAUACCCAUCCACCAGUGGAAAGAACCCUGUGAUGAUUCUGAACGAGCUGCGGCCAGGGUUGAAGUAUGAGUUUCUCUCAGAGAGUGGAGAAAGCCAUGCUAAGAACUUUGUGAUGGCAGUGGCAGUGGAUGGUCAAACUUUUGAAGGAUCAGGAAGGAAUAAAAAGCUUGCAAAGGCUCGAGCUGCUCAGUCAGCUCUUGCAUCCUUAUUUAACAUGCAGCUGGAUCAGACACCAUCUCGCCAACCCAUUCCCAGUGAGGGUCUCCAAUUACAUUUACCACAGGUUUUAGCUGAUGCUGUUGCACGCUUGGUUGUGGAUAAAUUCAGUGAUCUGACUGAUAAUUUCACAUCUCCUCAUGCACGUAGAAAAGUUCUUGCUGGAAUCGUCAUGACAACAGGUACAGAUGUGAAGGAUGCCCAGGUUAUAAGUGUUUCCACAGGGACAAAAUGCAUAAAUGGAGAAUACAUGAGUGACCGUGGUCUUGCAUUAAAUGAUUGCCAUGCAGAAAUUAUAUCUCGCAGGUGCCUGCUUAAAUUUCUUUACACACAACUUGAGCUGUUUGUAAGUAAUAAAGAAGAUCAACAAAAAUCCAUCUUUAUCAAGUCUGAACGAGGCGGAUUUAAACUGAAAGAAAAUGUGCAAUUUCAUCUCUAUAUCAGCACCUCUCCAUGUGGAGAUGCUAGGAUUUUCUCACCACAUGAAGCAGCACAAGAGGAUCAGGGAGACAGACAUCCAAACCGUAAAGCAAGGGGACAGCUACGGACAAAAAUAGAAUCUGGAGAAGGGACAAUUCCAGUCCGAUCUACUACUACCAUCCAGACGUGGGAUGGAGUGUUACAGGGAGAGAGACUGCUUACUAUGUCUUGCAGUGACAAGAUAGCUAGGUGGAACGUGUUGGGUAUUCAAGGAUCCUUACUUAGCCUCUUUGUGGAACCAAUUUACUUCUCUAGCAUCAUCUUGGGGAGUUUAUAUCAUGGGGACCAUCUAUCCAGAGCAGUAUACCAGCGGAUAGCAGAGAUAGAAGAUCUACCACCUCUGUAUACGCUCAACAGACCUUUACUUAGUGGUAUUAGCAAUGCAGAAGCCCGCCAACCGGGAAAAGCACCUAAUUUCAGUGUAAACUGGACAGUAGGAGACACUGGUCUUGAAGUUAUUAAUGCCACAACUGGCAAGGAUGAGAUGGGUCGUGCAUCUCGCCUUUGUAAGCACGCUUUGUACAGUCGCUGGAUGCGUAUUCAUGCAAAGCUUUCCUCUAGCCUGCGCUCAAAGAUCCUCAAACCGAACCUGUACCAUGACACUAAGCAGGUGGCCAAUAAGUAUCAAACUGCCAAAGAGUGUUUGUUUAAAGCGUUCCUGAAGGCAGGGCUUGGAGCCUGGGUGGAGAAACCAAUAGAGCAGGAUCAGUUUUCUCUCACUGUCUAAUUCAUGGACUGCACAUCACUUUGGAACAGGGAGUCAUUCUGGAAAUCCUGGCGUCCGGCAUCAUUUUCUGGCAUCAGCUGUCAAAGCAUCUUUUUGACACUUUAAACUAACUAGCAAAUUGAUGUUAUGUUUUGCUCAAAUAUUGGAAGUCAAUGAUAAGUUGCUACAAUAAUUCUAUAUUUUGUUAUAAAAAUCAUUUUGGUUUACUUCUCUAGAAAAUCCUUUUACUGUAGAAAAAUAAUUCAAUAAGGCUGUCUUUAACAGUACCAGAUGACUCAUAUUUUUCUGGGUUAGAAAUAAUUCCCUUUUUUAAUGCAAUAUAAGCAAGUGCAUGAAAACAUGUAGAUUGCAUUCGGUUUUACACUGCAUUUUUUUUUAGUCUGUAGCUUAAUUUAAUCAAAAAAGCUACAAAGUUAAUUUCUGCUCUUCUGUUAGCUUGUUUUUUUUAAUUGCAGAGGUUUAAUUGCAGAGCAUAUAGGUGACAAAGCCAGAAUGGAUUUUGGACAGCUAGCUUUUCCCUUCUUCCUUGCUCUUUAAAACCAGCUGCUGAAAACUUUUUGUCUUUGAUGUACGUAUUUAUUAGUCUGUGACCUGGUUUUUAACAUACAGCUUUUUAUUCUGUUUUUUAAAAUACCUUUACCUCCCAUUUACAUGCAUUGUAAAGUCAUCAUUUUGUACCACUGUAAACUGGAAACAAAAAAUAAGUAUUUGUAAGUUAAGAAAUUUAGUCUGUAGUGUACAAAACCUGUUUAGAAGUAGGCAAUUUGUAUAUCCCAGGAACUCAUGCGAACACCACCAUAACAUUAACAGUAAUGUGGCAACUUCAAAAAAAACAGUUGUUCAUUUUGGAGAAAUAAUUCUGGUUUGCCAAAAAUAGCCCAUUCAUAGAAUAUUAAUUACAGGUUUUCUCAAAGAAAUGAGAGGCCUACUAAGGAUGAAAGAAUUGUUAAACUUCUUUCUUGUGGUCUUCAGAGACUUAACCACUGGACUGUUGUGUCCCCUGAAGAUCGUAUUGCCUGUAGCUUCACAUACAUGAUGAUCUAGAAAAGUCUUAAUUCUAAGUUUUGUUUGCUCUAGUGUAUAUUUAGAAUGGUAUUUUAUUCAUAAAAGCUCUUUUAUGUUAAAAUUUUCACAUAUGCUAGAUGUAAAAAUGAAAAAUACCAGGGAGAUUACUGCCAGAUCUGUUAAGUCAAUGGGUACAUAGACAGCACUUUUAGAACAAUUUAUAAGCGAAAUGGAAGUCGGACAAUGGAUUGGAGAAAUCCUCUUUUUCUCAGCAUACCAAGUAUAAUUCUCUAGUUACGUCCAAUGUGUCUAAGAACAUGAUGUGACCUGUGUGUAUCAAAUAUAUUGUGUGUAAAAAUUCUGAAAAACACCUCAAAGUAUUUUUAAGUCCUAUUUUUU